AUGCGCGUCAUCGGCAUCACAGGCUCAAUCGCGACAGGCAAGUCGACCUGUUCCGCAAUCCUCUCCUCCCCACCCUAUUCGCUCCCCCUAAUCGACGCGGACCUGUUGGCACGAAAGGCAGUCGAGCCCGGAACAUGGGGCUACCGACGCAUAGUAGCGACGUUCGGCCCAACCACACCAGACCUACUAUUGCCCGCGACCGACGCGCAAUGCGGCGGCCGAGAGGACGGACCUGACGGGAAAGGAAGGCCGUUGAACCGACCUGCGCUCGGACGGAGAGUGUUCGGAACCAGCGAAGAGCGGGUGCGCGACCGUAAGAAGCUGAACGCGAUCGUCCACCCCGCCGUGCGGUUCUACAUUGCCCGAGCCAUGCUGUACUACUGGCUGCUCGGAUACUGGGCGGUGCUCGCAGACGUGCCGCUGCUCUUCGAAUCCGGCCUCGACAUCUUCUGCAGCACCGUCGUCGUCGUGGCCGUGUCGGACCCGAAGAUCCAAAUGCAGCGCCUGCGCGAGCGGGAUCCGUUUCUGUCGGCCGAAGACGCGGAAAACAGAGUCAAGAGCCAGGUCGACGUGCGUGAGAAAGCUGCGAGGUGCGAAUCUAGAAACAAGGCCAACAAGAACGCAGGGAAAGGUUAUGUUCUCUACAAUGACGGCAGUAGGGAGGACUUGCAGCUCCAGAUCGCCGAAGUCAUGCGAGAUAUCAGGGCGAAGAGUCCGAGAUGGUGGACUUGGCUGCUUGUGCUGGCUCCGCCGCUUACGGCUGCGGCCGCUGCGUGGGAGGUGCUGCGUAACUGGUAUUUGAGGAGACAGACGAUCAGGGAAAGGGGCGAAGAACUGGGCAAGACGAGAAUGUAG